CUACCCCGCUUCGCCCCGUUUGACACACUCUCUCCUUUCAGCGCAAAGAUUCUUUCUCUCCCAUAUCCUCACCUUCAUCCUCAAGCAAAUCUCAAGAUGUCCUUCGGAAAGAUCUACACGUACCCCAACAACCCCCGCACCACCGCCCUCCUAGUGGUCGCGAAGGCCAAUGGUCUCGACAUCGAGUCGGUCCACGAGGAGCCCGCCAAGGGUGUCAGUGCCGAGUACUUGAAGAUCAACCCUCUCGGAAAGGUCCCCACUUUCCAGGGUGCUGAUGGAUUCGUUCUGUCGGAGUGCAUUGCCAUUGCCAUCUACCUCGCUGCCCAGAACGAGAAGACCACUCUCCUCGGAAAGACCAAGCAGGACUACGCCUCGAUCCUGAGGUGGAUGUCGUUCAGCAACACUGAGGUCCUCUCUAACCUCGGCAGCUGGUUCCGCCCGUUGAUCGGCCGUGACGCAUACAACAAGAAGAACGUCGACGCUGCCCAGGCUGCCACCCUCAAGGUCGUCGGUGUCGUUGAGAGCCACCUGAGCCUGAACACCUUCCUUGUCGGUGAGCGUCUGUCUCUGGCUGACAUCUUCUCCGCGUCCGUCUUUUCCCGCGGUUUCGAGUUUGUCUUCGACAAGGAGUUCCGUGCUUCGUACCCCAACGUCACCCGUUGGUUCGACCUUGUCCGCAACCAGGACAUCUACAAGGCCGCUGCCGGUGAUUUCACCUACCGCGACGAGGCUGUCAAGUACACUCCCCCCAAGAAGGAGCCCAAGGCCGCUGCCCCCAAGGCCGCCCCUACCCCCAAGGCUGCCAAGCCCAAGGAUGAGGACGACGAUGAGGAGCCCGUCCAGGAGGCCCCCAAGGCCAAGCACCCCCUCGAGGCCCUCCCCAAGCCCACUCUUGUUCUCGACGACUGGAAGCGUAAGUACUCGAACGAGGACACCCGCUCCGUCGCUCUUCCCUGGUUCUGGGAAAACUACAAGCCCGAGGAGUACUCUCUGUGGAAGAUUGAGUACAAGUACAACGACGAGCUUACCCUCACCUUCAUGAGCUCCAACUUGAUCGGAGGUCUCUUUGCUCGUCUGGAGGGUUCCCGCAAGUACAUCUUCGGGUCCAUGUCCGUCUACGGAGAGAGCAACGACUCUGUCAUUAGCGGAGCUUUCGUGAUCCGUGGUGACGACCACGUCCCCGCCUUUGACGUUGCCCCCGACUGGGAGUCUUACAGCUUCGUCAAGCUUGACCCCUCCAAGGAGGAGGACAAGGAGUUCGUCAACGAUGCCUGGUCUUGGGACAAGCCCCUGGUUAUCGGUGACAAGACCUACAACCACGCCGACGGAAAGGUCUUCAAGUAGAUGUUUAUUUCCUUUCAAAAAAAAUUGAUUUUUGCAGCAGUCAAAAGCGAUAAUGGGCUGGAUUUGAGACGAGGUUCAAGUCUUAGAUUACGAAUGAUGAAGAUGGUUCUUGUGGGAAUCACAAUUCGGUUGA